AUGGCGGUGUUGCAAAGMGAAAUCUGCACAGCGGCUUUCCCCCCAGUCUUUUCCGCAUUGCUGCCGCAUCACCUGUCAAAAAWCUGUUAACAUGGCCUCGGCUGUCCUCGGUCGCCUGUUCAGGSUGUCAGCCGUCAGAAACGGCGCCCUUUCACCGCCGAGCCCCUCCACCGUGCCGGGGCGGACCGUGACGCCGAGCCGGACGGCCGUGUGCACGUCAAGCGGCGCCCUUCUGCCCAAACCCAAGAAGACCCCCUUCGGCCUUAUCCGGAUCGCUCUGGUAGUGGUUCCCUUCUUGUAUGUGGGGACUCAGAUCAGCAAGAGCUUUGCGGCGCUGCUGGAGGAGCACGACAUAUUCGUCCCGGAGGACGACGACGACGAUGACUGAUCAGUUGAUUGACGUUUUUAUCGCUACCAAGUGUCCGUGAUCACCAACGUAGAGAAAUGCCUUCCUGGAGGUCCUGUUGCCGUGACCCUCAAUCACCUCCGCCUGCACUCGUUUCAGGGAUUUUGCUCCCAUUUGACGUACACGAGACUGCCGCUACAUUUUCCUAUCGUACUGUAUUUGCAUGCACUACAAGAGUCUUAAUAAAAAGAGAAAUCUAGCAAAACUCAAUUGRCUUUAGUGCAAAGUUACCUUCUGGAAAUUAGAACCAAGAUGGGACAUUGAAAGGAUGUUGUGAGUUCGGCCUAAAGAGAUAUUGUGGUGUCCAGACUGUUUAGCGCAAAGGCAAAAGUAAGUAAGGUCUUCAUUCUUGGGAUAUUGCUUUACAUGAUGCCACUCUUCAGCAGUGUCAAUUACUGACAUGUUCAAAAUUAAUUGGUUAGUAAGACCAUGUUUACAGCUAUAUCUUGAAACCACGACYGACUCUACUGUGAUUAAUAGAUUCUUUAUGAAAACCAGCUGUUGUACUUCACCUCUAAUGUCCUUUGAGAGUURAUARAAAAUUGAAUCAAACAUUUUAACUCAAGGUAGUUCCACUGGUUUUCUAAUUAAYGUACUGUCAACCUUUUCAAAUAAAACUAUUUCUGUUGAUGGUUUGGAUCCACUAAAGUUCCAGAA